UGGAUAAAAGAGGCCUUGUGAUUUCUGUAAACAGCUGCCGUCGAUUGAGUUCGUUUUUUGUUUUCCUUUUUUCCAAGAAGAAAAGCGAUGGCAUUGAACGGUGGGCUUAGAUCGGCUUCUAAGUUUCUGACAUCGUCCUCUCAAUCACUUAUCCAUAAAUCAGCCAAUAGAGGCUUUCAUUCAACUGGAGUGAAGAGGAUGGGGGGAGGUCAUGGGCACGACGAACCAUAUUACCUUCAUGCUAAGCACAUGUAUAACUUGGAUAGGAUGAAAAAUCAGAAGCUGAAAAUGUCUCUUGGAGUUUUGACAGCCUUCAGCAUUGGCGUGUUUGUUCCUGUCUAUGCGGUCAUUUUCCAGCAGAAAAAGACAGCAUCUGGUUGAGCUUUUCGAUGCUUGCAAUAAUUGGAAGAACUUGGGAGUUGGUAAUAUUCCAUUGUAAUCCCAACUUUUGAACUGAUUUGAUGAUAUUAUAUAUUUGCAUUA